ACCAGACGGUGUACCGACAUUCUCUGGUCCCCACGGUGGUAUUUUGCGAUCAUCGAAGGGAAGCGAACGAACCUUCACCAACCUCUGUUCCAGUCCCAUCAGACAGUUUCCAACUUUCAAGCUUUAUAAAUACAUCUACCUACCUAUUCCAGGUCCCUUGAGAUUUUCCAAAAUGUCAACCACAUACAAGACCGAUCUCCAUUCCAACAUGGAAACCGGCAAAGACGACAACAUCCUCUCCCAAGAAGAACUCCUCUGCUACCGCCCCAUUAGCCAAGCAUGCCACGCCUACUGCAAGGCCGCGGGUCUUGAUCAGGACUUGAUGGUUGCCGUGACGACCAUAAUCAUCUUUUUCGUGGUGGUUAUUGUGGUUGGGGCCUUUUUGUGGAAGGAGGAUAUGGAUCUUGAGAGGCAGGGUGGUGGACAGGGAAAUGGAGAGGGAGAGGGAGAGGGAGGUGGACAGGGAGGUGACGGUGAAGGGGUGAAAGGGGGAUAUAUGGACGUGUUGUACGGCGGUAGCGAUGGUGAUAGGGACGGGGACGGGGACGGCGACAGACACAGCGGUGAUGAGAAGGAUACCUAG